AUGCAAAACCUGCAGGAAGAGCUCAGGGCAUUGAAGCAGCGUUGCACGACCGUAAAAGCGCAGUGCACGCGAUUUCAAUCAUAUGUGGAUGCCGUGGAUAUUCAGAGUGUUUCGAUCAUCGAGUUACGUGCGCGGCUACAAAGAUUCACACCGUGCUGGAAUGAAUUCAGCGGAAUUCAAGGUAGAAUCGAGGCAUUAGACAUUAGCGAUCAAAGCGAAGCAAAUCAUGAGGUAGAAAGAGAAGCGUUUGAAGGUAAAUAUUUUACAAUUGUUACUAAGUUAGAGAUGCUCAUAGAACAAAGGCAUAGAAUAGAUCAGCCUAUCAAUGCGGUACAGAAUCUCCAUCAAGCAGGAGAGAGCACGCCAUUAACGCAGGGAGUAAUUUCCGUAAAUGAUUCGUUAAAAUUGCCUCGUAUAACUUUACCUACGUUUUCAGGCAAAUAUGAUGAGUGGACAGCGUUCCGUAACCUGUAUCACAGUAUGAUUCAUCAGAAUGCUUUGCUGCCGGAUGUGCAAAAGAUGCAAUACUUAGUGUCGGCAUUAAAGGGCGAGGCGCAUGACGUACUUUCUUCGCUUGAGCCUUCCUCGGAAAACUACAUGGAAGCUUGGCAAAUGCUUAUCGAGAGGUAUGACGAUCCCGGAUUCAUCAUUGGCAAACAUGUGAAAGCAUUGUUUGAUCUUCCGCAUAUGAAUAAAGAAAAUCACAUUGUUUUGAGAAAAUUAUUGGAUACAGUAUUAAAGCACAUGCUAGCGCUUAAAGCUUUAAAGAGACCAAUAGAACAUUGGGACGACUUGAUGCGGCACAUAGUCACAUCUCGGUUGGACCAGACAACUUCAAGAGAAUGGGAAACUACUAUAAAAAGAGAUAGUAUUCCUACGUUUAAUCAACUCAUCGCAUUUUUAACUCAAUGCUGCAGGGCGUUAGAAGCAUCAUCUAGAGAUCAGUGCUCAUCUGUCGCCAAGGUGUCGAGCGAAAAGUCUUCGCAAAAUAAAGGGAUUGCGGCUCACGCAACGACCAUAAAAAAUAGUUGUUUAUAUUGUCAUCAGGAAAACCAUGGCAUUUACAAAUGCAAGGACUUCUUAGCGCUUCAAGUGGAUCAGCGUUUAAAGGAGGUAAAAGCUCGCAGGAUGUGCUUAAAUUGUUUGAAGAGCGCAUCACAUCAAGCUAAAGAAUGCUCAGCCGAGGAAUGUCGCAAAUGCAGUAAGCGUCAUAACACAUUGCUGCAUUUUGAUCGAACUAAUAAAGACGAAUCAAAUGCAAGCUCAAAGCCAAUUGAAUCUGAUACUGGAAAGGUUAUAGAACCGGCAAGCACAAGUUGUACGUCAGUAAGUAGAGCAAAGCAGGUCUUAUUGGCGACCGCGUUAAUAAAUGUUCAAAACUCGAAAGGAGAGAUGAAGUCUGUCAGAGCGCUACUGGACAACGGCUCACAGUCAUGCUUCAUUACAAGUGGCUGCUGCAGGGAGCUUGGGCUUAAACAACGAUCGAUACGCGUACCGGUAUUCGGACUAGCUCAGCAGCUCACGCAAGUUAGAAAUUCCGUAAGAAUUACAAUGCAAUCUAGAACCACUAGAUUCAAUAGAACUUUGGAUUGUCUAGUAGUCGAGAAAAUCACACAGGAUCUGCCUGACAAUAUGGUGGAUAGGAAUUGCCUGCAAAUUCCGAAGAAUGCUCCAUUAGCGGACCCACAAUUUGAUAAACCCUCGAGCAUCGAUAUGCUUCUGGGAGCAGAAAUAUUCUUUGAUCUGUUGACUGUCGGCAUAGUUAAAUCGGCAGGUAACCAGCCGGCUUGGCAGAAUACUCACUUAGGUUGGAUUGUUUCAGGAAGCUGCGCGGGUUCAAACCAGCCAUCCGCAAGAUCUGUUUGCAAAGUAACUAUAACUGAUCCGUUGAAUAGCACUCUAAUGAAAUUUUGGCAAAUCGAAAGUUGCGACAGGAAGGAUACUCGGACUCCUGAGGAACGUUCAUGUGAGGAUCACUUCAUGAAGACUCACAAAAGAGAUCAAGAUGGAAGAUUCAUCGUUUCACUCCCCUUCAGGGAGUCUAUAAUGAAGCAUUUGGGGAAUUCAAGGAAAACCGCUGUGCAAAACUUCAAAGAUUUAGAAAGGCGCCUUAUGCGUGACCCACAGCUCAAGAAGGAGUACAGCAAGUUCCUACAUGAGUACCUCGAACUGGGACAUAUGCGUGAGCUUCCAGAACCAGUUGACGACUCAAAGCAGCAUUUUUACAUGCCACACCAUUGCGUUAUGAAAGCAUCUAGCACUACGACUAGAUUGAGAGUCGUCUUCAAUGCUUCCAGCAAAUCUUCAACGGGCAUUUCAUUAAAUAACGCCUUGAUGGUAGGACCUGUUUUACAACAGGAUGUUGUCUCUAUACUUCUGCGCUUCCGAACUUACAAGUACGUCAUGACAUCUGAUAUAGAAAAAAUGUAUCGACAAAUUAGAGUUGAUACUGAACAAACAUCCCUUCAAAGAAUCGUAUGGAGAGAAGAUCCAUCCGAGAAUAUAAAAGUUUAUGAGUUGUUGACAUUGACAUACGGUACAGCGCCGGCGUCGUUCAUAGCAACAAAAGUCAUUCAGCGUUUGGCAGUGCUCGAAGCUCAUAAGUUUCCAAAAGGAGCAGCGAUAGCAAGCAGAGACUUCUAUGUCGAUGAUUUCAUAUCAGGAGCUAACACAUUCGCAGAAGCGAGAGAAAUACGAGAUCAGGUAUCGGCAUUGCUUAAAACAGGAGGCUUCAAGCUGCGAAAAUGGGCUUCCAAUAAUAGCAGUCUUCUUGAUGAAGCACGCUAUCAAACAAUCAGUUACGCGAGUUGGACAAAUCUGGAUCAGCCAGAACAUUAG